UAUCGCGGCAACGCCACAACACCUGCACGCCUCGAUGGCCCCCAACAUAACACAACGCCCGCCGUGAUGGAAGUCCGCCGCGACCCGCGCUCCUUCCUCUUCUUCAUAAUCCUGCUGCUGCUCAUCAACUCGCCCGAGCCGCAGCAGCAGUCGUACAACACGCGCACGCGCUACGAUGAGCUCAUCCAGCGCGAGUGGGACCAGCUCGACGUCCUCAACCGCACCAACUACGGCGACUUCAACGCCGGCCGGAAGAAAUGGCUGAACGUCAGCGGGUGCCGGGGCGAGGACAGGUUCGCCUGGGACAUGCUGCCUAGCGUCCAGGCCAAGGCAACUGCGCACGGCGAGCGAGCGCUGGGGAACAGGUGGGGGAGUGUGCUGGAUGGAUCACUGCACGAGCGUGAGCUUGAGGAGGGCCGGAUUCCAGUGUACAGGAAUCUGUCCGGCUACGUGCAGGGCGAGUGGAUGCGCGACCCCAGCAGUCGCGUGCGCCAUCCUGAGGACAUGGGCAACACCACGCACCCUGCGAAAGACCCGUUCACGAACUCGGCGAUGGGAUUCGACCGCAAUCUCACAGGGACGAGCGGGCCGGUCAGGGUGCACAUCACAGAGCUGGCGGACAAGAUGAGGAUGGACGUCAACAGGACCGUCUCCGAGAUCAGCGCCAAGGUCGUGGUCGGGGACGACGAGAGCUUUGGCGGCAACUGGUGGGAGUUCUACGUGCAUGGCGUGCACUUCAAAGACAGCGGACAUGCGGUGUUGACGACGACGAGCGAGCGCUUCGCCGGCAUCUUUGCGCUGCCGCAUUUCCAGCUCUCACGGGGCCUCCACAACACCGCGAAAGACUUCCUGAACUGGACCAUCCACGAGACCAUCGACCGACAGAUACACCGCCCGUUCCCUGUCUGGAACCCGUGGACAAGCUCGCCUGCUGGGUCAAAUGAUGAUAUGGUUGGCGUGGCGCAUCACUGCGAAUUUGUUCUCUACCUGCAACAACCCCCAAGCGUGCAGGGCACGGACAUGGACUGGCUCGAGCACGAGAUGCGCUUCCCUACCGGUGCGCCGUUGGGCCACCGCUCGCAGCUCUCCAUGUCCAUGGUGGGCUUCUCGCCGGAUUGCGGCUACAUCAUUGAAUCGAAAGGACCGCCCGACUUUCCCCCCUCAGAGGGCAUGCACCUGGUCGGUGCUAAGACGGAAGAGUACAACGACCGUGCUAGACACAGCAUCGUCGCCUUCGCCGUCGCCUUUGCUUUUCAAUUAUCUUUCCUCAUCAAGCAGAUGAAAGAGACGGCGACUCCUUCGAUGCGCAGCCGCGUCAGUUUCUACACCAUUGCCAUGAUGGCACUGGGCGACGGCUUCACAUUUCUAGUCCUCAUCUUCAUGUACCUCUUCCUCGGCACCGCGCAACUAGCCAUGUAUAGCAUCGCUUUUGUCGCGCUGUUCUCUGUUCUGGCUCAUCUCCGCUUCCUGAUGGAUAUCUGGUCGGUUCAAGCGGCUGAGCGAGCGCGUCAGGCAAGACAGCAAGCUCCAGCCCCUGCCGCGGCACCACCCGCACCGCCAUUACCAGCACCAGCUGUAGACGGACCUCCUCCCGCGGCUGACGCAUUUGGCACGCCAGCAACCGCUGCGAACCGCCCACCGUCUGGGCUUACUCUGCCCGCGACAGCACCCCGGCCUCUUCCUGCAGCCGACGCAUUCGGCACACCAGCAACAGCUGCGAACCGUCCCCCGUCCGGACUUCCUCUUCCUGUGACGGCACCCCGCCCUCCGCCGCCUCGUCCCCAAACGCCGAUUCUCAUUGCGCCUGAUCAGGACGACCCGCUGUCAGACGACGACACACCGCUACUGCCUACAAGAAACCCUGCUGCAACUACGACACCCGCACCUGCAGCGACAAAUCCGCGUGCCGAGUUCGGCGCACUCUAUUCUCGCUUCUGUCUUCUCCUCGUCAUAACGUUCUUCGUGACGAUCCAGUUCGCAACGGCGCGCACGCUGUACAGGAACGUGUAUUUCAGCAUCGUCUCCUUCCUCUACCUCUCCUUCUGGGUGCCGCAGAUCUACAGGAAUGUGAUGCGCAACUGCGGGCGGGCGCUGCGGUGGGACUACACGGUCGGGACGUCGGUCACGCGUCUCAUGCCCAUCGCGUACUUCUACCUCAAGGCCGACAACGUCUUGUUCGCGACGACGGACUGGCAGACGUUCGCGGUGCUCGUCGGAUGGGUAUGGAUCCAGAUUGUGGCGCUGGCCAGCCAGAGCGUGCUGGGGCCGCGGUUCUUCAUAAGAGAGGGCUGGGCGCCGCCGGCGUACGACUACCACCCGAUCCUCCGCGAAGACGAGGAGGGGGCGCUGCUGCCGCUCAACGCAACUUCGUCGUCAGACGAUGCGAUUGACGGCGAGGAGAGCAGCAAGAGCGCAGGCGAGGCAAAGGACAAGGGCAAGAAGGUGUUCGACUGCAGCAUCUGCGCGAUGGACAUCGAGGUGCCGGUGGUGCCUGCGGGGGCUGACGAGAGCACGGUGGCAGGGAUUGGCGGGACGGGCAUGGUGCUGCAGAGGCGCAUGUACAUGGUGACGCCGUGCCGACACAUUUUCCACGCCGGGUGUCUGGAGGGCUGGAUGCGGUACCGGCUGAUCUGCCCCAACUGUCGAGAGGCGCUGCCGCCGCUGUAGAUGUGUAGAUGUGUAGAUGCUGUAGAUGCUGUAGAUGCUGUAGAUACUGUACAGGUCGAAUCACUACUCAUGUUCCUUCCGUCUUGCAUGCAGCAGUCCCGUGAUGCCAGUCCCGUGAUGUCAGGCUAUGCACGUC